ACUUUUCACAACUUCUCUUGUAUGAUGAAUCACUAAAUCAUUUUCUGAUUAUCCAUGCUUUAUAGCCAAAAUGCUAAAAUACCAGAAGAUCCAACUCAAAUUGGCUUAAAUAAUAAAGGAAAUGUUAAAAUGUUGUAUACUUUGAUAAAUUGUCUAUCAAAACAAAAGCUUAAGCUUAAAAGAAAGUUUUUUGCUUUCAUUUGCUUUCAUUGUAAUAGCUGUGGAAAUCAAUAAAAUAGACUCUUAGCAAAAAAGUAAAUAAAAUAAAAAAAAAUAAAGGAAAUGUAUUUGCUUGUGUAACAGAGAAGUCCAGAAGGUAAUUUGGGCUUCAUUUGCCCCUAAGUUUGAUCAGAAUUUUGCUCUUCUCUCUGUUUUGUAUUGGCUCUGUCUUUAGACUUCCUGCAUAGUUAUACAUGGUUGCCAGGAACAGCCACAGCAUUCUCUUUAUGAAAGGCUGAGGGGUCGCCUUCCCCCCAGUGAACAAAAGCCUUAGAUUGAACCAACUUGAACAGCCACUGUGGUCAGGGAAUGCUUUGUAUUCUAGGCCUAGGUUACUGCCCAUUCCUGAACCAGUCACUGGGAUGGGAGAGAUUACACUCAUUGGUCCACACCCAGAGCAGGGAGUGGGUCAGUCUCACCCAAACUCUGUUAUCUAGUGGAGGGAGGGCUGGAAUGAAUGCCGGGGAGGCAAACCUAAUGGUGCCCACUCCCUGUGACAAUAGAGGACACUACAGCACAGAAGACUCUCAAAGGACAUAAUCCUCAGAUCAUUUAUUUGCCAAACAGUCUUUAGAAGUUUAUAUUCAAACAUAGUUUUGUUAACUCUUAAGGGAAGUCAUAUCCCACCACAAAUAUGGGAACUCUACUGAAUUAAUAAUUGACUCAGGCUAAGAAAUAAUUCCGUUUCUUUACUCAGCCUUCCCCUCUCCUAACAGAGGAUUGAUUACAUUCACUUUCCUUUCAUUCACUUACUGAAAAAUGACUCAGCAUUAGGACAUGACAGUGCUGUGGUUAGAGCACAGACUCUGGAGCCAGAGUGCCUAAGUUCAAAUCCCAGCUCACCAUUUAUUAACUUGACCUUAACCUCUUGUUUAACCUGUUUUCUCCACUGUAAAAGGGGGAUGAGACUAAAGGGUUGAAAGAUGGAGUUAAUAUGUGUAACUCUUAGAAUUGUGUCUGACACACAUUAAGCACUAUAUGAUUAUUAGCUAUUAUUAUUGUUGUUGUAAUGGGGUAACUAUGCAGUGAAUUCUGAAGCAGUAGUCUCCAAAUUAUUUUAAUCGUUAUUUCUGGAGGGUGAAAUUACAAGGCAGUAGCUAUUACUAUAAUUUUGUGAUUGAUUAUAUAAAGAGCCUGGCUCUGCAGAUUACCAGCUGUGUGGCCCUGGGCAAGGUGUUUCAACUUCUGUGCCACAAAUUCUUCAUUUGUAAAAUCAGAGCAGUAUUAAAUAGUACCCACUUUAUAGGGUUGUUAAGGGAGUGAAGUGAGAGAGCCCCUGUAAAGACUUACAGCAGUCCUGGCACUGUUAAAUCACUCAGUGGUAAUGAUUAUAAUUUACUCGGUUGACACUGUGCUAGCUAGGCCCCUGGUCCACACAGAUAAUUAGACCCAGUCCCUGCCAGCCCCAAAGAAACUCACCUUCUUUAUGAGGCAAAGUGCUGGGUAAACAAUAUUCAUCAUACAAUGUGAUACGUGCUUAUGUGAAUCAGAGACCUAAUUCACCCUAGCUUAAGCAAAAGGGAAAUUUAUUGGUCAUGUAACUAAAGGGUCCAAAGGUAGAUAGUUUGGGUCCAGGUGUUCAAACAGUGUCAUCAGGCCUUAGUCACUCCACUUCCUUAUGUUGGCUUCAAUCUCAGGUGGGCUCUCCCUGUGUGAGCCCCUCAACAUUCCAGCUUACCUCCUACCAGUUUACCCCAGCAGAAAAGAGAGCCUCUUUGCCUGCAAAAGUCCUGGAGUUAGCACUAACUAGCUCUGAUCAUGUCCAUACUUGAGUCUGGGAAGUAGGGACAGUACCAUCUGAAUCUCACAGACUGAGUUUGGUGAAAAGGCUGUUUCCCUAAAAGGCAUUUGUUAUUCGUUCAAAAGUAACCAGAAGAAGGGAGAACACAUUGUUGCUGAGCAGAUAACAACACUGUGAGGCUAUUAACAGAGGUAAUAACAGAAUGCAGUGGAAAUACAGUGGCUGUAGGGAUUAGUUCUGUAAAAUGUGGGAAGGGAAUUUGGGGAAGAACGUAGAGAUGAAGUGUAUGGCCCGGGUCCCUAUCUCAGGAGGUACCCUAGUCUUUCUCGGCUUCUGGCUUUUGCUACCUCUUGCCACCAAUCAAAGCAUUUCCGUCUAAGCUCCUGCACAUAAAACUAGGACUAGACUUAACCAACAAUUAAAAGUGGUAUUUGCAGCAGCCUUAGAGUCUGCCUUGUUAUUUUAAAAUACCGACAGUUGUAUUGUUGCUCUUAAAACUUCUCAGCUGUGGGACAUCUGAUAGUGUAAUUAAGUCUGCGUUUACAAGCGAUAUGAUGCUUUUACUUUUUAGAGGAACAAUAGCUGAAGCUGGCUCCAUUUUAUUACGUAGAAAUUAAGGUGACACAUAUUCGUCCAAGGUACACAGCUUUAGGACUGAAUAGGUGCCUAUAGUUGUUCCUUCAGUAAUUAACCCACUUCUGACAUUGGCUUGACUUUAAGGUGGCUCUUCAAGAGGCUUACAACAGUGAAGAAGCUUGUUCUCUUGAAAGUUUUACAAGAUGUCUGUGAAUUUAGAAGCAGGAGGGCUUUAGCAGAUGUUUCUUACCAAGAAAAUAGUAGGAAUUAUUUAACUUAGUCUUAACUGGCAAAUCUUAUGAGGUAUCCAGAAAGGAAUGCUUUUGUUCCCAGUGAAACAUCUUAAAAUCUAGUGAAGGGCUUCCCUGGUGGCGCGGUGGUUGGGAGUCCGCCUGCCAAUGCGGGGGGCGCGGGUUCGUGCCCUGGUCCGGGAGGAUCCCACGUGCUGCGGAGUGGCUGGGCCCGUGAGCCAUGGCCGCUGGGCCUGCGCGUCCAGGGCCUGUGCUCCGCAGCAGGAGAGGCCGCAGCGGUGAGAGGCCCGCGUACCGCCAAAAAAAAAAAAAAAAAAAAAAAAUCUAGUGAAAAGGUUGCAGAAGUAUGACAGAUCCUGUUUUUAGAAAGUAAUAAACCAGAGUUCUUCAUUUGCUCUUCUGCAGCCUUUAAGCCAGUGUGUAUAUGAGUAUCUGGAGGAGGACAGUAAAUAAGAGGAAUGCCAGAAUCUCUGGCAGGAAUCUGUUUUGAAAAGCAGCCCCUGGAUUCUGAUACUUCUCACCACUGAACCCUCAGGAAACUGGAGUGAAUAGACUUUGGCUGCUGGCAUGGUAACAAGCCAGAGAAAUCUGCCUGGGGAGAAAUGGAGAAACCCAAUAGGAAACAAUAAAAACAACGUUUUAAAAUUCCCUUUUCCCUAAAAUGCAGAAGGAGAGCAUAGAGAAAAAAUAAACCAAGUGAAAGAAGGAAGGAUAAUCAAGUAUUAGAAAGCUGUCAUGCAAAGGGGUAAGAAGACAGAGAAAGCCAAGGAUGUUCUGGUGUUUAGCAGGACCUGUGUUUGGAAACCUACUACCAUUUUGGUGAUUUGGGUUAUUGCUUUACAUCCCUAACACAUAGUUUUAUCAGUAAAAUAAGGAAACUUGAGCUUUAAAGAGGAUUAAGUGAAUUAUUAGCACUUAGCACAUGCUCAAAAAAUGAUAGGUGCAUCUUAAAAGUGACCGUUUGUGUUAGCCGGAGCACACAACUGAAACCAAAAUCUAGGUUUUCCAACACCCAGCCAAGUGCCUUUCUCUUUUGAUCACACAGACCUAUACUUACUGACACCCUUAAAUCUACACUAUCAUCUUUUAAGAAUCAUUUUGAAAAGCUCAUUAGGAAAACUCAGACCUGUGGGGGUUUUUUCUUUCAUUUUUUAAAAAUUGAAGUAUAAUUGACUUACAAUAUUAUAUUAGUUUCAGAUGUACAACAUAGUGAUUCAAUGUUUUUUUAUUAGAAAAUGAUCACAAUAAGUCUAGUUACUGUCACCAUACAGUUAUUACAAUAUUAUUGACUAUAUUCCCUAUGAUGUAUAUCACAUCCCCAUGACAUUUAUUUUAUAACCAGAAGUUUCUACCUCUUAAUAUCCCACACCUAUUUCCCUUAUUCCCCUGUAUCCCUCCCCUCUGGCAACCAGCAAUUUAUUUUCUGUAUGUGGGUCUGUUUUUCUUUUGUUACGUUUGUUCAUUUGUUUUGUUUUUUAGAUUCUACAAGUGAAAUCAUACAGUAUUUAUAUUUCUCUGACUUACUUCACUUAGCUUAAUACCCUCUAGGUGCAUCUAUGUUUUUGCAAAUGGCAAGAUUUCAUUCUUUUUUAUGGCUGAAUAAUAUUCCAUUUUAUAUACAUACUACAUCUUCUUUAUGCAUUCUCCCGACACUUAGGUUGUUUCCAUAUCUUGGGUAUUAUAAAUAAUGCUACAAUGAACAUGGAGGUGCAUAUAGCUUUUUGAGUUAGUGUUUUUGUUUUCUUUGGAUAAAUGCCCAAAAGUAGAAUUGCUGGAUCAUAUUGUAGUUCUAUUUUUAAUUUUCUGAGGAACCUCCAUACUGUUUUUCACAGUGGCUGAGCCAAUUUCCAUUUCCAUCAACAGUGCAUGAUGGUUCCCUUUUAUCCACAUCCUCACCAACACUUGUUAUUUGUUGUUUUUUUGAUAAAAGCCAUUUUGAUAGGUGCGAGAUGAUAUCUCAUUUUGCUUUUGAUUUGCAUUUCCCUGAUGAUUAGUGAUGAUGAACAUCUUUUCAUGUGUCUGUUGGCCAUCUGUAUGUCUUCUUUGGAAAAAUGUCUGUUCAGGUCCUCUGCCCAUUUUUUUAAUCAGAUUGUUUAUUUUUUUGAUGUUGAGUUGUAUAAGUUCUUUGUAUAUUUUGGAAUUAACCCCUUAUCAGAUAAAUUAUUUCCGAAUAUCUUCUCCCAUUCAGUAGGCUGCCUUUUCGUUUUGUCGAUAGUUUCCUUGGCUGUGCAAACCCUUUUUAGUUUGAUGUAGCCCCAUUUGUUUAUUUUUGCUUUUGCUUCCCUUGCCUGAGGAGACAGAUCCAAAAAAAUGUAUUGCUAAAACUGAUUUCAAAGAGCAUACUCCCUCUGUUUUCUUCUAGGAGUUUUAUGGCUUCAGGUCUUACAUUUAAGUCUUUAAUCCUUCUUGAUUUUGUGUAAAUGGUGUGAGAGAGUAAUCCAGUUUGAUUCUUUUCCAUGUAGCUGUCCAGCUUUUCCAACACCAUUUACUGAAGAGGCUGCCUUCUCCCCAUUGUAUAUUCUUGCCUGCUUUGUCAUAGAUUAAUUGACCAUACAAGUGCAGGUUUAUUUCUGGGCUGUUUAUUCAGUUCAAUUGAUUUAUAUAUAUGGUUUUGUGCUAGUAUCAUACUGUUUUGAUUACUGUAGCUUUGUAUUAUAGUCUGAAGUCAGGGAGCAUGAUGCCUCCAGCUCUGUUCUUCCUCAAGAUUGUUUCAGCUAUUCAGGGUCUUUUGUGUAACCAUGCAAAUUUUAGAACUAUUUGUUCUAGUGCUAUGAAAAAUGACAUUGGUAUUUUGAUAGGGAUUACACUGAAUCUGUAUAUUGCCUUGUGUAGUAUGGUCAUUUUAACAAUAUUGUUCCAAUCCAUGAACAUGGUAUAUUUUUCUAUUUUUUGGGGUCUUCUUCAGUGCCUUAUAGUUUUCUGAGUACAGAUCUUUUACCUCCUUGGUUAGAUUUAUUCCCAGGGUUUUUUGUUUUUGUUUUAAUGCAAUUGUUAGUGGGAUUUUCUUAAUUUCUCUGAUAGUUUAUCAGUGUAUAAAAAUGCAGCAGAAUUCUAUAAAAAGAGGGAGAGGCUCAAAUCAAUAAAAUUAGAAAUGAAAAAGGAGAAGUUACAACAGACACCGCAGAAAUACAGAGCAUCAUAAGAGACUAUUACAAGCAACUCGAUGCCAAUGAAAUGGACAACCUGGAAGAAAUGGACAAAUUCUUAGAAAGGUAUAACUUUUCAAGACUGAACCAGGAAGAAAUAGAAAAUAUGAACAGACCAAUCACAAGUAAUGAAAUUGAAACUGUGAUUAAAAAUCUUCCAACAAACAAAAGUCCAGGACCAGAUGGCUUCACAGGUGAAUUCUAUCAAACAUUUAGAGAAGAGCUAACACCCAUCCUUCUCAAACUCUUCCAAAAAAUUGCAGAGGAAGGAACACUCCCAAACUCAUUCUAUGAGGCCACCAUCACCCUGAUACCAAAAUCAGAGAAAGAUACUAUAAAAAUAGCAAAUUACAGACCAAUAUCACUGAUGAAUAUAGAUGCAAAAAUCCUCAACAAAAUACUAGCAAACAGAAUACAACAACACAUGAAAAGGAUCAUACACCAUGAUCAAGUGGGAUUUAUCCCAGGGAUGCAAGGAUUCUUCAAUAUACACAAAUCAAUCAGUGUGAUACACCAUAUUAACAAAUUGAAGAAUAAAAACCAUAUGAUCAUCUCAAUAGAUGCAGAAAGAGCUUUUGACAAAAUUCAACACUCAUUUAUGAUAAAAACUCUCCAGAAAGUGGGGAUAGAGGAAACCUACCUCAACAUAAUAAAGGCCAUAUAUGACAAACCUGCAGCAAACAUCAUUCUCAAUGGUGAAAAACUGGAAGCAUUUCCACUAAGAUCAGGAACAAGCCAAGGAUGUCCACUCUCACCACUAUUAUUCAACAUAGUUUUGGAAGUCCUAGCCACGGCAAUCAGAGAAGAAAAAGAAAUAAAAGGAAUACAAAUUGGAAAAGAAGAAGUAGAACUAUCACUGUUUGCAGCUGACAUGAUACUAUACAUAGAGAAUCCUAAAGAUGCCACCAGAAAACUACCAGAGCUAAUCAAUGAAUCUGGUAAAGUUGCAGGAUACAAAAUUAUUGCACAGAAAUAUCUUGCAUUCCUAUACACUAACAACGAAAGAUCAGAAAGAGAAAUUAAGGAAACAGUCCCAUUCACCACUGCAACAAAAAUAAUAAAAUGCCUAGGAAUAAACCUACCUAAGGAGGUAAAAGACCUGUACUCAGAAAACUAUAAGACACUGAUGAAAGAAAUCAAAGAUGACACAAACAGAUGGAGAGAUAUACCAUGUUCUUGGAUUGGAAGAAUCAAUAUUGUGAAAAUGACCAUACUACCCAAAGCAAUCUACAGAUUCAAUGCAAUCCCUAUCAAAUUACCAGUGGCAUUUUUUACAGAACUAGAACAAAAAAAUCUUAAAAUUUGUAUGGAGACACAAAAGAUCCUGAAUAGCCAAAGCAGUCUUGAGGGAAAAAAACAGAGCUGGAGGAAUCAGAGUCCCUGACUUCAGACUAUCUACAAAGCUACAGUAAUCAAGACAAUAUGGUACUGGCACAAGAACAGAAAUAUAGAUCAAUGGAAGAGGAUAGAAAGCCCAGAGAAAAACCCACGCACCUAUGGUCAACUAAUGUAUGACAGAGGAGGCAAAGAUAUACAAUGGAGAAAAGACAGUCUCUUCAGUAAUUGGUGCUGGGAAAACUGGACAGCUACAUAUAAAAGAAUGAAAUUAGAACACUCCCUAACACCAUACACAAAAAUAAACUCAAAAUGGAUUAGGGACCUAAAUGUAAGACCGGACACUAUAAAACUCUUAGAGGAAAACAUAGGAAGAACAUUCUUUGACAUAAAUCACAGCAAGAUCUUUUUUUAAUUCACCUCCGAAAGUAAUGGAAAUAAAAACAAAAAUAAACAAAUGGGACCUAAUGAAACUUAAAAGCUUUUGCAAAGCAAAGGAAACUACAAACAAGACAAAAAGACAACCCUCAGAAUGGGAGAAAAUAUUUGCAAACAAAUCAAUGGACAAAGGAUUAAUCUCCAAAAUAUAUAAACAGCUCAUGCAGCUCAAUAUUAAAAAAAACAAACAACCCAAUCAAAAAAUGGGCAGAGACCUAAAUAGACAUUUCUCCAAAGAAGAGAUACAGAUAGCCAAGAAGCACAUGAAAAGCUGCUCAACAUCACUAAUUAUUAGAGAAAUGCAAAUCUAAACUACAGUGAGGUAUCACCUCACACCAGUUAGAAUGGGCAUCAUCAGAAAAUCUACAAACAACUAAUGCUGGAGAGGGUGUGGAGAAAAGGGAACCCUCUUGCACUGUUGGUAGGAAUGUAAAUUGAUACAGCCACUAUGGAGAACAGUAUGGAGGUUCUUUAAAAAACUAAAAACAGAAUUACCAUAUGACCCAGCAAUCCCACUACUGGGCAUAUACCCAGAGAAAACCAUAAUUCAAAAAGACACAUGCACCCCAAUGUUCAUUGCAGCACUGUUUACAAUAGCCAGGUCAUAGAAGCAACCUCAAUGCUCAUCGACAGACGAAUGGAUAAAGAAGAUGUGAUACAUAUAUACAAUGGAAUAUUACUCAGCCAUAAAAAGGAAUGAAAUUGGGUCAUUUGUAGAGACAUGGAUGGAUCUAGAGACUGUCAUACAGAGUGAAGAACAAAAAGCAGAAAGUAUAUAUAACUGUGCUGAUAUAGAAAUAUCUCCAAAAUGGAACUAUGCCUUUGGAGGUGGUGGUGGAACUGCAUAUCCGGGCGAUUUCUUGCCCAGGGGUGUGCCUUCCUGGCAAGCAAGAUGUGUUCCUUGGGGUUUACCUCCUGAAUCAGUACCUGGAGACACACUGCUUUCCUUCCGUGUUCCCUAUUAUGAUUCAGCGGAGCAUGAGGUUUGAAAAGGUAUUUGAAAAUGCAAUAGAUCCUGGAGCUGUAGCAGACAUUUUAGAAACCUUUCUAACCAGGUUUGAGUUAAUACAGCUAGUGCCUCCAGCGUGGGAAGAGUUGGCCUAUUAUGAAGAAAACACGAGGGACUUUCUCUUCCCUGUACCCAGGCUGACACCUUCGUACCCUGGGCUGUGUAGGGAGGUGCUCAUGAAGACAGUUGAAGGUUUUCCGGGCAUUGCUCCCAAAAUAGAGUUUUCUACGAGGACAGCCAUCAGAGAACGUGUGUUUCUGCAUAGACACAGAUUUCUUGAAGAAAGAUGUGAGUCACGAAGGCCUUUAUCCACAUCAAAUGGACCAAAAUUCCCCUUAAGUAGUAUAAAGAUGAAACCAAGGGAGAGUAAUCUCGACAGACUGCCCCAAGGCAUGCAGUCCCGGCCGCCCUCUCCAUAUUUCACCAGGCGUUUCUUUCAGGACCAGCCAGCUCAACUGAAUCUUGGAGAUAGUUUCAAAAUACCUGGAGAAAGCAAACCUCCAUUUGUAGUAAGACAUGUGGACAGUGCAAAGCCCUUUGGUGAGAACAGUUCAGAGCAUCAUUCCCAGAAGUCUAGAAGAAAAUCUGACUUUUCAAACUUUCCAUUUCCAGUGAGAAGAGCUUCUUCUCUUGACAGCCUUGCAGCUAACGUAAAGGUUAUCAAAGAGCCAGAUGAACGGAUUGUUUUAAGGAAUGAAUCACCAUUAUCGUUAGAUUUAAGUAAGUUUGAAAAGCCCUCGGCCAGUUACAGUCAUCAAGGGGAUGCCGAUUUCCACUGGGAAACUUCAUUUGCCACCUCCCAACACUCCAGAACCCCCAGCCCUCUUCUGGAUCAGCCCCUUCUCCGAGAAAGGUUCCACCCUGGGUCCCAGUCCAUGUGGAAGAAGAUCCAUGAAAGGGUCUGCAGUCGUCUGACGUCCCACAGAUCUCAGCAACACCUAAACAAGGAAGACUCCAUCUCUGAAGUAAAGAAUAUCCUUGAAAGACCAAACUACCCUCUGAAGAAAUAUCCGGUGCAUAAACAGAGAUAUUUUUAAACUGCUGUCCUGUGGGAGACUGAAUGAAAGCUGGAGGAGCAUCAUGAAGAGCUCACUCAUCAAGCCAACUGAAAAACAAUUUUUGUCCCGUGUAUCAAAGCACCAGUGUCUAACCCCUGUUAACUCAAACCUGUACCCACCCAGUCUUUUGUACCCAGGUAAGAGCCAUUGAUUAAAGUGUCUGCUCUUUGGGGCUCAAGUUUUCUUGUCAAGCUGGAAAAUUUGUGUUUUAGUUUGUUUGUAUGCUUGUUUUGAGCUUGAAAACGAAAAUAAUAGUUGGGUGGCAGGUGCUUUUUCAUUUGGAAAGCGCUUCUUAAAAUUCUGAUGAAGAUGUCAAGAUGCCUUUUCAGGUGUUCCUCAUUUUGGGCAGUGGAUGUGUUCUUGAAAAGUUCUUUUCUUUCCCUCCUUCCUCAUUUUUUCCUCCUUCCCACUUGUCCUCACCCCUCCCCCACCUCUACCUGUUUCCCUUCCCUUCCCUUCCUUUUCCUUCCCGUUCCUUCCUGUCCCUUCCUGUUCCUUCCCUUUCCUCAUUUUCCAUAAGCUCGAGGAAGCUGCUAUCUAGAGGAAUAAACUGAUAUAUCCUCUAGAAAAAGACUGUCACCUGAUUUUCCAUUUUUGGUAAAUCUGUUUUUUUGUGGUUGUUUGCUUUUUAGUGUUAGGCUUGAUUUACAUGAUAUCAACUGAAAACCUAGGAAGAGGGAGCAUUACUUCUGGAGAAUUCAGGUCUUGCUUUAAGGGUUUAAUUUCCAUGCUACAUUUGUAAGAGGAGGCUAAUUUCUUUUGUUUGUUGUUUAAACCACUCCUUCUGUCACCUACCCCUCCUUUUUUCCAACAAUUCUUAAAUAAAUUUAUAUGAGGAACAAAACCUUCAAAUAUUUUUCUGAAAUAACUACACUAAGUUUGGCAGAAAUGACUGUCAAAACCAGAUUUAAAAUUAGUAGAAGGGUGCCUUUAUGAAAUGGUUACCCAGUUUGAGGAUCAAGAAGAGGAUGGGGGUGGAUUGAAGUGGACAUUUGUCUUCAUGGGUCUACAGACCCAGAGAAGAGAGGGCUUGAAAAUGGAAACCUUUGUCUUUCCUUCAUGCUAUAUCCUGAGCAUUUUCCUCUACCAUGCCCUAAAACCCUUUCAGUUUUUACAAGAUUCAGUGAGAAUCAAGUUUCCUUUUCUCAUUAUUACCACAGGAAUUGGUUCAUUAGGUAAAUUAAGAAAAUGAAAUUUAAAAUUAAAGGAGAAAAAAAGUCCAAAAGCCAAAAUAAAACAAAAUUCAUUUAUCCCUUCUCAGAAUUUCAGCCUAAUAAAGGUAUAUAUCACAAGUAUUCCACCUUUGAAAGACAGACAAUAUGCUUAAAUUACACCUGCUUGUAUGUUCUCAGUGUGUCUGAAACUAUAGUUGUCAGUUUGUUAUUUUGAGGUCUAAGUAGUCAUCAAUAAUAAAAAAUACUGUAUUACAUUAAGACUAUGGUAGAGUUCUCAGAAAAGGGCCACUUAGGAAGGAUAUAAGCAGCUGAAGGAAAUCAGUUCUAAUGAAUUGGUAUCCGGUGGCAGUUAUUGUUCAGAUACCCACUGUGACACUCAUUGUCCUUUUUUUCUUUUUUUAUGGUUUGAGCAUAACUCCUUAAUUCAACUUAGGGAUAAGAUCUUAAAUGCCCAUUCUUAUUGAAAGUCUUUUUUUUUUCUUUCGCAAAUCAAUCUGCCUUUUGCUCACUUUCUGAUCUGCUAACUCUAUUGUUUAAGUUAUUCCUAUUUUAUCUUUUUAUUUCUCAAGGAGUUAUUUCAGUUUUGAGGACUUACAUUGGGGCCAGGAUUGCAGCAGGAUUUUGCUUUUGGAAUAUAUAAAAAUGUGAAUAAUUUUGUGACUUAUUGGGGAUUACUUUGGGAAGAUCUGUGUCAUUAAACAUAAUAAAUAUCCCCACCUGUCUUGCUUCA